GUCGCAACCUUGUACCUGUCUUCGAAAACCUCCGAGAAAGUCUCGAAGGCCUCUUUGUUAGUGACAUAAAGAUCCUCAAGCCCUUCAUGAAACUCAAGUUCCCAAAAUUACGUGUCUUCAAAACGGGCGCGUGGGAGGGUCCUAUAUCCAAUCUUUUGGAGAAGCCUAUGAUAGCAUUCUCCCCCAUCGAGGUUCUUGCCCUCAAAUCAGAUGUCGUCGACAGUAAACCAAAAGGAAAAUUCCGUGCCAAUCCGUUUUUAAACCUGCCCACGUUGAGACGACUAGUAUUUUGUGAAGUCCAACCUGGUUACUCGGCGCCAUCAGCAUACAUCAAGGCAUGUAAUGCCCGUCGCGUAGAAUGCGUUUAUCUGAGCCCCAAGGAUGGCGAGGAUGUCUCUUUGAUCAUGAAAUUAUGAACUGGCGAGCUUGUGUGUUUUUGGUAGAAACCUGGAUUUCCAUUGGCCACAAGAUGAGACCUCAAAUCAAGUCAAUCCUCCCCCCCCAAAAAAAACAAAUCCAAUGUUUAUCUGUUGAAUGCAAAUCUGUGUUCUGCCUACUUGUCAGUCAAAAAAAAUGUCUCUCUGUUGUAAAUGCACAUCUGUGUUUUACCUAUCUACCAGCCCCCCUUCCUCUAUUCACAAAGAAAACAAAUUGUUGUAAAGUUUAGCCAAAAAGACCAGAAGAAGAACACAGAUUUUGUCUCUGAAACACCCACUAGCUGAUUAGUUGUACUCUGUUCACCUUCUUCAAGCCCGCUGGUCAAGAAUUAUAUUUUUAUGCAUU